AUGCGGUUGAUCGUCCAGGAACGGAACACCAAACUCCAUCUCAACUCCCGACAACAACCAUCCACGGAGGGUACCCUCACCACACCUAUAGAGAGGGCGCUCCUUAUUCCGAUUUUGCACCUUGGAUGUCCCGCCAAACGCCCGGCCACCAUGGACAAGACCGAACCGCGUGGGGGGUCGGACUCCGACCCUGACCACAGCGACCACAGCCCCGCGUCCUUCCACGAAGCCAAACAAGAACUCCCGGAUGAUUUACCCAAGUCGCUGGACGAUCGUCGCUCUGUUCCGGGAUUCCAGCAGGAAACCGAGAUGUACGACGCUUGGCAGGGCCAAUCGCAAUUCCUGACCACGCCGGUCGCUGCAAAACCGCUAUCUUUCAGUCUCGCGCUUGACGACCACUCACACGAUAACGAGCAUGACCUACGGGCACACUACGGCCGCGACCUUCAAGAUAGCGAUACCAGACUCAUGGAAAUGCUAGCUGCUCAGGCUGCUCAUAGGGAGGUGGACUCGCUCACUGCGGAUGAGGAGACGAUUGCCACCGAUGAGAAAUUGUCCGAUGACGAAAAGCGCGAUAUCCUCCAGAAGAGCUUGAAUAUGGCUGCUAGUAACGGGGAUGUGGAACGCGUCCGAAAAUUGGUACAAGGCGAGGCCAGGACUUUUGUGGACGUUAAUAAGCCAGACGAGGAGGGCACAGUGCCAUUGAUCUAUGCCAGCUGCUUUGGUCAUCAAGAAGUGGUCUCUGCGUUGAUUGAAGCCGGGGCUUUGGUUGACAGGCAAGAUCGCAAUCAGUGGAGCGCUUUGAUGUGGGCCAUGACCAAUCGACACAAGACAAUAGCCAAGGUUCUACUUGAUCAUGGGGCAUCGCCGGAUAUCAAAUCGUCUUCUGGCGGUACAGCUUUCGACUUUGCGCAACCCGGCAGCGAGAUUUCGGAAUUCCUGCAUGAAAACGGAUACAAUUUUGGCUCUGGUGCUAUCGAUGAUUUCUAUGAUGCCGGGUUGGCGCACGGUCGUUUCGAAGAAGAACUCGCUGAGAGUGAGAUGAAGCGGCGCAUGAUGAUGGAGGAGAGUGCGAUCAAUCUAGAGGUUGACUUGUCUAGCCUAGGUCUCGAUGAGAAAUUCGAGCCAUCUGAUGAAGAUGAGCUCGAGGCAGACCAGCAGGAGUUUGUUUGGGACAAGUGCCUGAAUGACCAGAUGUUUGUUUUCCAGGACCAUGAGCUCGAACGCAUUUUGGAUAUCAUCAUCACCAACAUGACUCCACAGCGAUCCCCGUCCCAAAAACCUGUGCCUGCAAACCUCCUCUUUCUCAGUGCGCGAUACGCUCACUACCAUGCCAGUCCAGAGCUCCUCACAACCCUGCUCUCCUCUGCAAUGGAAAAGAUCAAUGAUGUCGUAGAGCGGUAUCAAUGGGAUAUGACGAUGCAGGCCUUCUGGCUGUCUAACGUCACGCUUCUCCUCCACUACCUGAAGAAAGACGGGGGCCUGGUAGAAUCUACCGUCGAGUUCCAACUUCAUUUGGCCGAAUUGAUCAACGAAAUCUUUGUCCUCAUCAUUCGUGACGCCGAGCGUCGAAUGAACAAAGUCCUAGAUGCCGCAAUGCUGGACCAUGAAACCAUUCCGGGACUGGAUGACAUCGCAUUCCAAAAUGAGUGGAAACUUUUCCGCAAGAACAAAAGCAAAAACCCCGAACCUGACGAGAAGCGAUUCCGUCCCCCAUCUCCGCGCCGACGGGCACAGAUCUCCCCCCGCAACAUCACCUCAUUACUCUCAUCGACCCUCUUUGUGCUGGAUCUCUAUGAUGUCCACUCUGUGAUCACGACACAAAUUCUCUCUCAACUUCUUUAUUGGCUCAGUGCUGAGAUCUUCAACCGAAUUAUGAGCACAAAACGUUACCUCGCGCGCACCAAAGCAAUGCAAAUCCGUAUGAACGUCUCAACGUUAGAGGAUUGGGCUCGUUCCAACAACCGACUACCAGACCAUUAUGAGAACGGAUCGACCAGCAGCACUGGCGAGUCCACGAUCGACUCCGCCCGCAGACAUCUAGCCCCCGUCAUCCAGCUUCUUCAAUGGUUACAAUGUUUUUCCUCGCUUGGGGAUGACCACGAGUCUCUUGUGACAACACUUCUCCAACUACAACAACUCACACCCGCCCAGCUCCUGCAUGCCGUGAAAUCUUACCGGCCCGAGGUUGGUGAAAAGGGCCUCACUAAGCAAUCCAUGAAAUUCCUCAUCGAAAUGCAGCAUAACCCGGAACUGCCACAUACGGAGCAGCUGAGGAUUCAAAUCGAAAAGGCACAGGCAGAGGCGGGCUCCGGACCUCAGCUACCGGAUCGGCCCAAAACCCCCCAAAACCAGGACGCAUCUUCCCCAGAUCCCAAUCUCUCCCCGGCCGAGGCCACAUCGCGACCCACUAGCAUAGUGGCCCUCCGGAACGACGAGCGCCCAGGUGGCGGUAACAGCGUCUUCUUGGAUCCCACUCUUUUCCUCCCCUUCUCUCUCCCCACUAGCACAGAUAUGCUGGUCAGUUAUGGUGCUGGCUUUGGUGGUACAAAUCGUGAAAGGGCGCGCAAGUAUAUCCCUACCGUUCCACCAGAGGUUCUCAGUCGCUUUGAUCGCGGCGAUGUAUAG